GCAAACGCUUUGACAUUGCGGCGUCUCCUCAACAUUUAUCUCCUACCUUCCCCUGCGACGCCUCUCCAACUCUCAAUCUUCGUCAAUCACUCAUGGCUCACACGCACAUGACUCCAUUUGUUAUCUCUCUGAUCUCAAUCCAAAACCCUCGACCUCGACAGGUGGCGGCGGCGGCGAGCAGAAGACGUUCAACGACAUCCAUGAGAAGCUGCUGGAGGCAACAAUCGGUGCAUGCUUGAAGUGAAGAAAAAGUAAAGGGUAAAGGUUGGGGUGAGAGGAUAAAGAAGAAAGAAAUCCAAUGCCUGUUGAAAAGCUCCAAAAUCUGGCUUUAGGAAUAACGCCCCAAAAUAUGGUAUAAGUCCCUCUGUCCGUUGCUGAUAUGUUUCAACGUCUUGGUGCUCACCGCCAGAUAUACAGCUCUCAAAUUUCUAAGUACGUUAAAGCAGGACUCAUCGACAAAGCCAUUCAAGUUUUCAACGAAAUGAUCCAAUCAAAAUGCCGCGUCUUGAGCUUGGAUUACAAUCGCUUCAUCGGUGUUUUGGUUCGCCAAUCGCGCUUUGAUUUGGCUGAAUAUUAUUAUUGCAGGAUGAAUAUCCAAGGUUUUUCUUUGACGCCAUUCACUUACUCGAGGUUUAUUUCUGGUUUGUGUAAAGUUAAGAAUUUUACCCUCAUAGAGAAGCUUAUCCAAGACAUGGAUAAUCUGGGGUCUGUCCCUGACAUUUGGACUUUUAACAUUUAUUUGAAUCUUUUAUGCCGUGAGAAUAGGUUAGACAUAGCUCUACAGGUCUUUUCUAGCAUGUCUGAUAAAGGAAGAGAACCUGAUGUUGUAUCAUAUACCAUAAUUAUUCACGCAUUAUGUAAAUUCGAGCGCCUUGAUGAGGCCACUCAAAUGUGGGAUAAUAUGAUUGAAAAGGGGUUAUCCCCGGAUUGUAAGGUUAGCACGGCGCUUGUUAUUGGGUUGUAUAGUGGUAGAAAGGUUAAUUUGGCAUAUGAACUUACCGUCAGUGUUAUCAAGGGUGGAGUCGAGGUUAAUAAUUUGAUUUAUAAUGCUUUGAUAAGUGGGUUCUGUCGGAUGGGUAGGAUUGACAAAGCUCUAACUAUCAAAUCGUUCAUGAGGAGAAAUGGGGGUGAGCCGGAUUUGGUUACAUAUAACAUAUUGUUGGAUUAUUGCUGUAAUGAGCUUAUGCUGGAUGAGGCAGUGAGGUUAAUGGAGAAGAUGGAGAGAGGUGGGAUGGGACUAGAUGUAUAUAGCUAUAAUGAAUUGCUUAAGGGUCUCUGUAAAGCUCGUAAGCUGGAGAAGGCCUAUCUAAUGAUGGUGAAGACAAUGGAAAGGAAAGGGCAGUUUGAUGUUGUUUCUUACAAUACAAUUAUAACAGCUUUUUGUAAGGCUCGUCAGAUUGGAAGGGCUUACAAGUUGUUUGAGGAAAUGAAUGGAAAGGGAAUUCGACCUGAUGUGGUGACAUACACAAUCCUUAUAAAAGCUUUUUUGUUAGACGGUAACUCUGAUAUUGCCAAGGAACUUGUUGAUCAAAUGACAAGGAUGGAUCUGGUUCCUGAUCGUAUAUUCUAUACGACAAUUGUUGAUCACCUAUGCAAGACUGGGAAGAUUGGUAUGGCUUGUAGUGUCUUCAGCGAUAUGGUGGAGAAUGGAAUAAGUCCUGAUGUGAUCUCAUAUAAUGCCCUCAUAAACGGGCUUUGUAAAGCCUCUAAAAUAAAAGAGGCCUUGCAUUUAUAUAAUGAAAUGCAGAUGAAAGGACUCUGUCCUGAUGAGGUGACUUUCAAGUUGAUCAUCAGAGGUUUAUUAAAGGAAAACAAGCUUUCCGUUGCUUGUAGGGUUUGGGACCAAAUGAUGGAGAAGGGUUUUACUCUUGAUAGAUUUCUUUCUGAGACUCUAAUCAAUGCCAUCAAAUCAAGUGAUGCUACAUGAGGAAUGCAGUGAGCAUUAAUUUGGAUUUUGGAGAUACUCAUUCAAUGUUAACUUCACCUUGGUGUGAGCAAUGUCUAAUUCCUUCUACCGUGAUGUUUAUCAUGGAUGAAAGAAGAUUAAGAGGAGAAGGCAAGGGAAAAAGCUUGGAUGCAUAUAUCCUUUAGAGCUUCCCCAAUGUAAUUGUAGGGUUUCUAAGCUACCAAAUCUCAAGUUACCAGGGGCGAGGUCUAGAAUGUCAAAAUACUAGAAGCAAAAGCAUGAAUGAAAUGAAACUAUGAAUUCUUAGAAGUCAGUGUGCAGGAAGCCAAUGAGUUUAUAUUUUCAAGUUCAAAGGUUAGGCGCACAUCUGGCUGUCCAUUUUUGGGCUUGAAAAAUAUGAUGGCAUCAAAACAGAGCCUAGCUCAAUCUCCUUUGUUUGAUUUCAAAGUUUGAGGUGAAAUGCCCACAAGGCAUUUACCACACUGACAGAUUGGCCCCUCCGUGAUUUGCAAAUUCUUCUACAACUGUAUUUCAACUGAUAGGAGCAUCGGUUUGAUUUUCAAGAGGUUAGGUGUUUGUUGGUGAAGUUCAAAAUAUGGUCUAAUGAUUGAAGUUUUUUCAAUCUGGUUCACAUGAAGUGAUAUUAUUAUCAAUUCUAGAUUUCAGUCCAUUUUAAGUUCAUUGGAGCGGGUACUCUUAAAUGUGGGUUUAUAUUACUUGAAGUUGUGAUCUCGUAAUCCAAGAGGAAGUCUUGGUUAUAGUUCAGUAAAUUAGAUCUUUUACCCGUAUACAUUUAUAUAUUUGUAAAGAAAUUGGUAUAAAGGAAUGGAAUUUAGGACUGUAAAAUAUUUGAAUUCAAAA